UGGCAGAACAUUUGAAUGAGAGAAAGCCUGAGGAGGUCAUUAAUGUCUCCGAUAUCAAAAAGGCAUUUGAGAGAAAAGAAAAGAAAAAGGAGAAGAUGCUAGAUGUCCCAAAGAAGCGUGAGAUGCAACAGCGGAGGGUUGUACGACAGAGCAAAUUUCGGCACGUCUUCGGACAGGCUGUGAAAAAUGACCAAUGCUAUGAUGACAUCCGAGUUUCCAGGGUCACUUGGGAUAGUUCAUUCUGUGCUGUAAAUCCCAAAUUUGUGGCAAUAAUUGUGGAAGCAAGUGGUGGUGGAGCAUUUAUGGUACUUCCUUUGCAGAAGACUGGCCGAAUUGACAAGGCAUAUCCGACAGUUUGUGGACACACAGGACCAGUGCUGGACAUUGAGUGGUGUCCACACAAUGACCACGUUAUCGCUAGUGGUUCAGAAGAUUGUACGGUUAUGAUCUGGCAGAUUCCAGAGAAUGGACUGACAGUUCCCAUCACAGAGCCUGUUGUAAUCUUGGAGGGGCAUGCCAAGAGAGUUGGAAUUGUAUCCUGGCAUCCGACUGCACGCAAUGUUCUUCUCAGUGCAGGAUGUGACAAUAUAAUCAUCAUCUGGAAUGUGGGAACAGCUGAGGCCAUGAUAACACUCGAUGAGAUGCACCCAGAUAUGAUCUUUAGCAUAUCUUGGAACCGUAAUGGCAGCCUGCUGUGCACGACUUGCAAGGACAAGAAACUAAGAGUGAUUGAUCCACGCAAAGAGGAAAUUAUUGCUGAAAAGGAUAAAGCUCACGAGGGAGCAAGGCCAAUGAGAGCAGUGUUCUUGACAAAUGGCAAUAUCUUCACCACCGGCUUCAGCCGCAUGAGUGAACGGCAGCUUGCUCUGUGGAACCCGGAGAACAUGGAUGAGCCCAUAGCUCUGCAUGAAAUGGAUACCAGCAAUGGCGUGCUUUUACCUUUCUAUGAUGCAGACACAAAUGUUGUAUACUUGUGUGGAAAGGGUGAUAGCAGUAUUCGCUACUUUGAGAUCACGGAUGAAACACCAUAUGUCCAUUACUUAAACACGUUUGCCAGCAAGGAGCCACAACGAGGGAUGGGAUACAUGCCAAAAAGGGGCCUUGAUGUUACCAGGUGUGAGAUUGCCAGGUUCUUUAAACUUCAUGAAAGGAAGUGUGAGCCAAUCAUUAUGACAGUGCCAAGAAAGUCUGACCUUUAUCAGGAUGAUCUGUACCCUGAUACACCUGGACCAGAAGCAGCAUUGGAAGCGGAAGAAUGGCUUGAAGGACAAACCAAGGACCCGAUUCUCAUCUCCCUGAAACAUGGCUAUGUACCUGGGAAAAACCGAGAGCUUAAAGUUCAGAGGAACCGUUUAGACAAGCCUCCGCAGAACAGGAAAACUGAAAGUGGCAGUACUCCCGUGAAGGGGCCCUCUCUCAAUGCAAAUUCUGAAUCCAAGUUGGAUGAGUUGUUUCAAGAAGUUAAAACUCUGAAGGCCACUGUCGCCAGCCAAAACGAGCGCAUUGCCAACCUUGAGAAUCAGAUGGCCAAGAUCACUAUCUGAAGCCUGUAUUAUGCUUAAUCAUGGGGGUACAAUUGUCUGGUGUGGAUUAUCGGCAAUCCUUCAGUCACCAAAACUCUGACCCUCGCUACCCUGCCAUUGGUGGAAGCACCCUUCAGCAUUCCAGUAUCAAAUUGCCCUCCUUUUCUUCCUAUCUCACUGGACUAACUUAAUUUGAAUUUGGAAACACAAUUCACUUUUUUUUUUAAAUAGAAUUUAUUUUCAGGAUUUUUAACAAAAGGCAAUUGUCUUAUUCUUCACGCUUUCCACAUUGAAAAAUGAGUAUUAAUUUUUUUAUUCCUAACUCAAGUCCUAUGCAUAUAUAAAGGUGUGCUCUACUCUAAUACUAGAGUGAUUUCCAGGUUAUACGGGCUUGUCUGUCUCUUGUCUGUCAGGUACCUGUUUUUAAAAGCGACUACACAUUCCAUGUACAAGUGUACCAGCACCAUUAAAGAACACUGAAUGGGUUCAGCUCUUAUAGAGCAAAGAAUGGUGAUCUGUCAUUAAAUAUACUUCCAGUUGCAAAGAUAAAACAUUGAUUAUAAAAUUA